CCCCCACAUCCCGGACUCAUGGUCUCGCCCUGAGCGGCUAUCGAUAACUCCACACUCCGCCCGGCUUCUAUCGACUCGCUCCUACUCGCCUCGCCGUCCUGGACCAAGGCAGAGUGCUGAGCGUGUGUAAGAUGUUUUGACCUUUGGACCUUGCCUAUCACCUAGCUCUUGUCCCAGUGCAGGCCUCAUUUUUGCCAGCCAUCAAGCAAUGAACACCACCCCAGGCACAGUGGGCAGUGACCCUGUCAUCUUGGCAACUGCAGGCUACGACCACACUGUGCGCUUUUGGCAGGCACACAGUGGCAUCUGCACCCGAACAGUGCAGCAUCAGGACUCUCAGGUGAAUGCAUUGGAGAUCACACCAGACCGAAGCAUGAUUGCUGCUGCAGGUUACCAACAUAUCCGCAUGUAUGAUCUCAACUCCAAUAACCCCAACCCCAUCAUCAGUUACGACGGAGUCAAUAAGAACAUUGCUUCUGUGGGCUUUCAUGAGGAUGGCCGCUGGAUGUACACCGGCGGGGAAGACUGUACGGCUCGCAUAUGGGACCUCAGAUCCCGGAAUCUGCAGUGUCAGCGUAUCUUCCAGGUGAAUGCACCCAUUAAUUGUGUGUGUCUGCAUCCCAACCAGGCAGAACUCAUUGUGGGUGACCAGAGUGGUGCUAUCCACAUCUGGGACCUGAAGACAGACCAUAAUGAGCAGCUGAUUCCUGAGCCUGAGUUUUCCAUCACAUCUGCCCACAUUGACCCUGAUGCCAGCUACAUGGCAGCAGUCAAUAGUGCUGGGAACUGCUAUGUCUGGAACCUGACAAGUGGCAUUGGUGACGAGGUGACUCAGCUCAUUCCCAAGACCAAGAUCCCGGCCCACACGCGCUAUGCCUUGCAAUGCCGCUUCAGCCCUGAUUCCACGCUCCUUGCCACCUGUUCAGCUGACCAGACAUGUAAAAUUUGGAGGACAUCCAACUUCUCCCUGAUGACAGAGCUCAGCAUCAAGAGUAGUAAUCCUGGAGAGUCAUCCCGUGGUUGGAUGUGGGGCUGUGCCUUCUCAGGGGACUCCCAGUACAUAGUCACAGCCUCCUCUGACAACCUGGCCCGGCUUUGGUGUGUAGAGACUGGAGAGAUCAAGAGAGAGUAUGGUGGCCAUCAGAAAGCUGUCAUCUGCUUGGCCUUCAAUGACAGCGUGCUGGGUUAGCCUCUACCCCUUGAGGCUGCAUUGGACAGUCAGGAUUGCCUGGUAUAGUGGCUCUAAGUGGAUGUACCUCAACGAUAUCCUGGCCUAAGUGACUCUCAGGUCAGCCUCUGCAUGUCAGGCCAGCUGGACCUGACCAGACUACCAUGGCCCCUCUACCCUGGGACUCUCUUCAUUGUCAGAAGGCUCACUAAGCCAGGGUACAUGUGCUCGGAUUGGGAGUCUUUUCUCCCUUUAGAGAGGCUAGACCCAGAGGGAUUGAACUGUUGAGGAGAUCUGAGGUUGACACCCAUUUCCCAAGUAUGUUAUCCCCACUUGCCCCUCUCUACCCCUGUACAGGUCCUGAGGCCCCCCCAGAAAUUACCACUAUGGCCAGGUAAUCUGGGUUUAUUUGUCCCUACUGUCAGCUGUCCUUUGUUGGUGCUGGUGACCUAACCAGCUUGCUGACCUGUGGGGACAGGACUGGCCUGUGGGACCAAAGGCAGGUCAGUAGGGGACUUAGUCUGGAAGGUAAUAAAAGCAGACAGACACACA